AUGAUGACCUCUCUUGGAGCUGUUCUGUUCCUCCUCUCCUCCGUGUUCCUCGGACUGUACGGUCAACACCGGCCCGGGACACACGUGAAGCAGCCGGUUGUUGAAUGUGAGUCCGGUGUGUUCGUGGGUCGUUACGACGUGUCUAGGAGAGGUCGCAGGUUCGAGUCGUAUCGAGGCAUCAGGUACGCGGAGCCGCCCGUGGGGGAGUUACGGUUCCAGCCUCCAGUAGCUAUCACACAGUACGUGGACCCGGUGAACGCCAGUGUGGACGGACCCGCAUGUCCUCACAGGACCCGCCCCGGGUCAUACGUCAGUGAGGAUUGUCUCAGGAUCAACGUGUACACUCCGCUUAGAGAGGACAGGUGUAAGCGGUCCCCUGCCCGUGGUGGUGUACAUCACGCGGGAGGUCUGUACUCCAUGACGGCCCGCAGUGACCUGGCGGGACCUCACCUGCUGCUGGACAGAGACCUGGUGCUCGUCACCUUUAACUACCGACUCGGAUCAUUAGGUUUCCUGAGCACCGGCGAUGCCCUGGCCCCCGGUAACAACGGGUUCAAGGACCAGGUGGUGGCGCUCCGCUGGGUCCGAACAAACGUCGCCGCCUUCGGGGGAGACCCCACCAGCGUCACGAUAACUGGUUGUAGCGCCGGCUCUCUCAGUGUACUGCUUCAUAUGGUGUCGCCGAUGUCCAAAGGUCUAUUUCACCGUGCAAUAUCAAUGAGCGGGUCUCCGAUCAGCAAAUCUCCUCUAUCGACCGAUCUAUAUCAUCUCGCCGUUAAACAAGCUCAGCUCCUCGACUGUCCGACGAACAACUCCAAAAUUAUUAUUGACUGUUUGAAGACUAAACACUGGAGGGACCUUGGAACUUCAGUUCUUGGUUUCUAUGAAUUUGCUUUUGAUCCAGUACGUAUUUGGAAUCCUGUCGUUGAAAAAGACUUCGGUCAAGAACGCUUCUUGGACAUGCAACCGACGGACGCUAUCCGCGAAAACAAGUUCCACGCUGUCCCGUACAUCGUGAGCCAGACGGAGGGAGAGUUCUUCUGGAUGGCAUAUACCGUUCUUAAAAACGAAACAUUCAUGAAACGAAUGAAUUCCGAAUGGGAAACGAUCGCUCCUAUAUCGUUUUUACUUCCGAGAGAAAACAAAACAUACGCAAAAUACGCAGCGAGAAGACUUCGUGCCCAAUAUUUAAAAGAUAAAGAUUUAUCCAACGAUGAGGAGAGUGCUCGAAACUUAGGGUUGUUAUAUGCAGAUGCAAUCGUAGGUUUUCCCGUACACAGAAUGUUUAACCUGAUGGUGCGUCACUCGCCGCAGCCUGUCUGGUACUACGAGUUUAGUUUCGUCGGCAACCACAGUCACUAUGAGGAGCCGCUCACUAAGAAACCCAUCGCGGCCGCUCAUCAUGACGACCUCAUAUACCUGUUCUCUCUGAGCUAUCGUUUCCCCGCGCUUGGUACGGAAGGUGCAGACUCCGACACAGCCGACCGCCUGACAGACAUCUGGUACAACUUUGCCAAAUACGGUGACCCCAACCCUCGCGGAGACUCCAGCCACUCCUCAGACCUUCACUGGCCACCAGCCAGCCCCGGACGUCGCACAUACUUACGAAUAGACCAUCAACUGUCCCUUCACGAGAAUUUAAAAGAAGAUCGAAUGAAUAUCUGGGAAGAAUUGUACCCCUUAGAGUACUAA